AUGUCUUCACAAACCACAUACCCGUCGCUCCCUUCCAAACUGAUCCUCACGUCGACAAAAGCCUACUUCUCCCCCACCCGCACAAUCACAUACCUACACUCACUGCUCGAGCCGGCAAACAACAUCCUCCCUCUCCUCGAGAAACACAGCAGUCAAGUCCACUUCGUGUUCAUCCCCGACUUCCUCACCAUCUACCCGUGUUCUCAAAUCCUAGGAUCCAGAUACCCCUCGCCAUCCGAUCCCAACGGGAAUGCCGCCGCUGGCCCGCUCGCGUCGUGGCCCAUCUCCCUCGGCGCCCAAAACGCCUAUCCCUCGCCCUCGUACGGCGCCUACACGGGCGAGAUCGUCCCCGUGGCGCUCAAAUCGCUCGGCGUGCGCGUCGUCGAGCUCAACCACGCCGAACGCCGUCGCUACCUGGGCGAAAACGACGACAGCGCCGCCGAAAAGGCCCGCACCGUCAGCGACCUCGCCAUGGUGCCCCUGGUGUGCAUAGGCGAGGUCGAGCAGCCUGAUCUGCGCGGCCCGCUGAGCGCGAGUGUCGGCAACGCCAUGGCCCAGCUGAGGCCGCAGAUCUUGGCCGUCCUGGGCGCCGUGCCCGAGGACGCGCCCGUGAUUUUCGCGUACGAGCCCGUGUGGGCCAUCGGCGCCGCCGAACCUGCUGGCGUGGAUUAUGUCGGGCCCGUCGUGCAGGCCAUUCGGGAGGUCGCCAAAUCGGCCGUCCCGCUUCGUGGCGGGGAAAGGACGGGCGAGGUGAAGGUCGUGUAUGGGGGGAGUGCGGGACCGGGGUUGUGGAGUGGCAAGACGAAUGGUGGGAAUGGGCUGGGGAGGUGGGUUGAUGGGUUGUUCCUGGGACGGUUUGCGCAUGACAUUCAAGGCGUGAGGGCCGUUGUGGAGGAGGUUGUGGAGAGUUUGGGCUCGAGUUGA